AUGGCGACCGCCAGGAGCGAUCCCCAGUGGCCGAUGUCUUCCUCUCUCCAGAGCAGUCCACGAACUGGAGCCCAGUGGAUUCGGCCGCACUCAGAGCGUCAGUCUUGCUGGUCUUCUUUUCCCAUGGGGCAGAGACCGAAAGGUACUUUCCGUAAAGCCUCCUCCUACCUGCUCCAGCAGCUCAUUCACCGCUCUCGGGAGUCGGACGCGGACGGAGAGGAAUACGAGGACAAGGGCGAAGUGGAAUCCGAGGAGUCCUCAGAGUCCGAGAUGCUGAAUUUGGAGGAGGAAUUUGAUGGGGUCCUGAGAGAGGAGGUCGUGGCCAAUGCCCUUCACCAGUUGGGGCGCUCAGGCUCUGGGACUGAGCAGGUCUAUCUCAAUCUAGCUUUAUCAGGUUGUGAUUUAAUUGACAUUAGCAUUCUUUGUGAAUAUGUUCACCUACAGAAGUUGGAUCUUUCAGUAAAUAAAAUUGAAGAUCUGUCUUGUGUGAGUUGUAUGCCUUACCUUCUGGAACUUAAUGCUUCUCACAAUAAACUGACGACAUUCUUCAAUUUCAAGCCACCCAGAAAUCUCAAGAAGGUGGAUUUUUCCUACAAUCAAAUUUCUGAAAUGUGUGAUUUGUCAGCAUACCAGGCUCUCACUAAGCUAAUUUUGGACAGCAACGAGAUAGAGGAGAUCAGUGGGCUAGAGCUGUGUAGUGGCCUAACAUACCUGAGUCUGGCCAAGAACAAGAUCACGUCAAUUAACGGCUUAGGCAUGCUGCCAAUCAAAAUCCUUUGUCUGAGCAAUAACCAGAUUGAGAAGAUCACGGGUUUGGAGGACCUAAAAGCCUUGCAGAUUUUGGAUCUGUCCCAUAAUCAGAUCAGCAGCCUCCAGGGCUUAGAGAACCAUGACCUCUUGGAAGUCAUCAACCUGGAGGAUAAUAAGAUUGCUGAGCUGGGUGAAAUGGAAUACAUUGAAAAUCUACCUCUCCUCCGGGUUCUCAAUUUUCUAAGAAACCCAAUUCAGGAAAAAUCUGAAUAUUGGUUCUUCGUGAUUUUUACGCUCCUACGACUAACAGAAUUAGAUCAGAAGAAAAUUAAAGUGGAAGAAAAGGUUGCUGCCGUGAAUAGAUACGACCCUCCCCCAGAAGUGGUCGCAGCCCAAGAUCACCUGACCCAUGUUGUCAACAGUGUGAUGCAGCCGCAGAGGAUCUUUGACAGCACUCUCCCCUGCCUGGACGCCCCUUAUCCGAUGUUGGUGCUAGCUGGUCCUGAAGCCUGUGGGAAACGAGAACUGGCUCACCGCCUCUGCAGAGAGUUCAGCACGUACUUCCGAUACGGGGCCUGCCACACCACAAGACCGCCUUACUUUGGAGAAGGGGAUCGAGUCGAUUAUCAUUUUAUCUCUCAGGAAGUUUUUGAUGAAAUGCUAAACAUGGGGAAAUUCAUUCUCACAUUUAAUUAUGUUAAUCACCGUUAUGGAUUAAAUAGGGACACCAUAGAAGCUAUCGCCAGAGACGGUUUAGCAAGUUGUAUUCACAUGGAAAUAGAAGGUGUAAGAAGUUUGAAAUUUUCCUAUUUUGAGCCUCGAUAUAUCCUGGUGGUGCCCAUGAACAAGGAAAAAUAUGAGGGAUAUUUGCGGAGAAAAGGAUUAUUUAGUCGUGUAGAGAUUGAAUUUGCUGUCUCUAGAGUGGACCUUUAUAUUGAAAUCAACCAGAAGUUUCCAGGAUAUUUUGAUGCAGUCAUCAAUGCAGAUGAUCUGGAAGUUGCCUACCAAAAGCUGAGUCAUCUCAUCAGAGAAUACCUUGGGUUGUCUGAGGAAACAUCCAAGAAUUUGGCUCCAACUGCAGGUAUUAAGAUAUCUCCGAUGAAAUCUGAGGAGUUUUCUAGGAAGCUCUCCACUUUGAAUUUGUGUGAUUUCCUGGAUUCUACAGACAGAAACUACUUUGUGAAAUUAUGGGCCAAACUUGCAGCCAAAAAAACCCCAGUGGAAAGAGAAUCUAUAGAGAGACAAUAUGAGACAGCCCGGCAGGCCCUGAUGGGAAAGAUACCUCCUCAUCAUACACUCCUGUUUCAAAGGGGUCUGGUGCCAGCACCUGUUAUCAAUGGUCUACAUUAUUUUACAGCUUUAGAACUACAGAAAAGUUUUGAGCUUUGUGAAGAUUAUUUUAAAGCUCCCAUUGGACCGUAUUCUGAGAAGAGCGGCGAGGAUUCCCACCUUAUCAAGAACUAUUCUACAGUAUUUCAUUCUUAUCCAUGGUCAAAAGAAAUGGCUUUUCAGCCUCCAGAGGGCAGCGUCUAUUCCCACCCGGGAUCAGGAGUAAGUGAGAGUGAGGCCGAUCAGGCCGUAAAAGAGCUAUGUAAACAGCCACUUCCAUGUGACAAAGGGUCUGUCCAACACAGAAGACACAUGGUCUCGGUCAUCAGCCACCCAGGUUUCAACACCAAACUCAUCCUCCCUCCAAUCCCUCAGGGCCGCAAGUAG